GUGACAGCUAGGCAAAACAGGCAGUUCACAGAUUGCUGCACGAGAAGGAACUGCGCAGGCAACGAACCGUUUUAUGAAUGCAAUUACUAAACUGUAGUUUGUAAAUAUAGAAUUACCAACUGAUACACCAAACGGUUGUUAAUUAAUUGUUUCUAAAUCGUGUGAAUUACAGUCUCCAGCUGCACAAAUAAUUCCGUCUUCCGCAAAAUACCGAACAGUGGGGAGUAACGCGAAUUCUGUAGAUAGCUAACGUUAGCUAAACCACGAGCUAACUAAUUUGUUGUACGUUUUAAUUAUUUAUCGGAAUGUCGGACACUCCGGGGGACGGAAAGUUGGAGCUGAAACAAGCCAGCAAAGAAGUAAAGGAGAGCGAGAACGUGGCUGAAAAAUACUCAGCAAUGACAGUGAGCAAGAACAGCGACAUUACCAUGGGUGAACUGUCAGUGUCUUCUGCUGCGUUCAGUGCGGUCCCUAUUCACAAACCUGUCAAAAAGCAAAUCCAGUUUGUGGAAGACAAGCAGGAGUUCAGCAGGUUCCCUACCAAGGCUGGCCGACGCUCGCUGUCUCGAUCCAUCUCUCAGUCAUCCACCGACAGCUACAGCUCCGCUGCGUCCUACACGGACAGCUCUGAUGAUGAGACUUCACCACGGGACAAAACACAGCUCAACUCCAAGGGCACCAGUGACUUCUGUGUGAAGAACAUCAAACAGGCCGAAUUUGGUCGUCGCGAGAUUGAGAUUGCAGAACAAGAUAUGUCAGCAUUAAUCUCACUCAGGAAGAGAGCCCAGGGAGAGAAGCCACUUGCUGGGGCAAAAAUUGUUGGCUGCACUCACAUCACUGCCCAGACUGCAGUGUUGAUUGAGACUCUGGUGGCUCUGGGGGCCCAGUGUCGCUGGACAGCCUGUAACAUCUACUCCACACAGAACGAGGUGGCAGCUGCCCUCUCAGAGAUCAGUGUGGCGGUUUUUGCCUGGAAGGGGGAAUCUGAGGAUGACUUCUGGUGGUGUAUCGACAAGUGCGUCAACAUGGAGGGCUGGCAGCCUAACAUGAUCCUUGAUGAUGGAGGGGACUUGACCCACUGGGUGUAUAAGAAAUACCCCAACGUCUUCAAGAAGAUCAGGGGCAUUGUGGAGGAGAGUGUGACUGGGGUCCACAGGUUGUACCAGUUGUCCAAAGCAGGCAAGCUGUGUGUGCCAGCCAUGAACGUGAAUGACUCUGUGACAAAGCAGAAGUUUGACAACCUCUACUGCUGCAGAGAGUCUAUCCUGGAUGGCCUGAAGAGGACCACAGACGUAAUGUUUGGAGGAAAGCAGGUUGUUGUCUGUGGUUAUGGAGAGGUCGGGAAAGGUUGCACUGCCGCGCUGAAAGCCAUGGGAUCCAUCGUCUACGUCACAGAGAUAGAUCCCAUCUGCGCCUUGCAGGCCUGCAUGGACGGCUUCAGGGUGGUCAAGCUGAACGAGGUCAUCCGCCAGGUGGACGUCAUCAUCACAUGCACUGGGAAUAAGAACGUGGUGACCAGGGACCAGCUGGACCGCAUGAAGAACGGCUCCAUCGUGUGCAACAUGGGGCACUCCAACACUGAGAUUGACGUGGCGAGCCUGCGGACCCCCGAGCUGACCUGGGAGAGAGUGCGCUCUCAGGUGGACCACGUCAUCUGGCCUGAUGGCAAGAGGGUCAUCCUGCUGGCCGAGGGUCGUCUUCUGAACCUCAGCUGCUCCACAGUUCCCACCUUCGUCCUGUCAAUCACAGCCACGACCCAGGCUCUGGCCCUUAUUGAGCUGUACAAUGCUCCAGAGGGCCGCUACAAACAGGAUGUGUACUUGCUGCCCAAGAAGAUGGAUGAGUAUGUUGCCAGCCUGCAUCUGCCCACCUUUGACGCCCACCUGACAGAGAUUUCAGAUGAGCAGGCCAAGUAUCUGGGCCUCAACAAGAAUGGCCCAUUCAAACCCAACUACUACAGGUAUUAGCUUGCAUGAAUGGACCACAACUCUGCACUCCUUGACUUGGAUAAGGCCUGGAUGACCAGAAGAUAAUGAAAUCUAUAUUUUGUUUUUUUAAAGACACUUCACCAGACACACUGUUUUUGUUUUCAAAUCAAGCUCUAUUCCGUCAUCUUCUUCAGUAAGUGUUACCCUGUUUCACUUGCUGUUUUGUGUGUUUAGUUUCACCAUCAGUUCUGUAAAUAUACACCUCCUCUAAGAAACCAACAUGCUGGAUCCCACUGGCCAUGAAUGACCAAUUGAAAGUACAGCACUUAAACUCGGCUCUCUGCUAGAGAUGUAUUUUUUUCCACACAAGUCUGAUUUCAUACCCACUCCCCACUAGAAUAUACAUUUUUCUGAUGGUUUAUUAGUAGUUUGAUUUAUGUUUAUAUUAUUGUGCCAAAUGAUUGUGUAGGGAAGGGGGAUAGUUUUGAUUGAGAUUUAUAUUUGUUUUCUGCAUUGAUGUCGCUACACUCUUCUCAAAUAAUUACAUUCCAGCCAAGGGAACAGGGAGAAAUGGGCCUCUACAAUAGAAAGUCUCAACCACAAAAUGUCCCAUUUAAAAGUCCAAUGCAGCCGUUUGUAUCUCAAUAUCUAAUCAUUUCUGGGUAACAAUUAAAUACCUUACUGUGAUUGUUUU